AUGGGGAAUAAUCUGAACGUUGCAUUUCAAGGUCAUAAAAGUGAAACAUUGAAUUUCAACCCUGGAGCAUCUUAUUAUUGUGUUCCUUUCCAUGGUGGCGCCAGUUUCGGAACUUAUGUAAGCAGUCCUCUUUACUUUAAUUUACUACCACACGUUCAGUACAGACCGUUGGCUGUUUCACUUUCUGCUCCUGAGGCUUCCGCAGCUGUUGAAGAGCCUAGUUCCUUUUCCUUUGCAUUCACUGCUGAGGGUGACGGAGGAUUCAGUUCCAGAGCAGAAUCUGAAGUAACGGGUGGAGAUGUUAGUGGAUCCUACAGUUUCAACAUCCCAGACGGACGCCAGCGCCAAGUUAGCUACAGUGCUGGUACUUCUGGUUUCACAGCAACAGUGAAAUCCAACGAACACGAAAUCUUAGCUCUAUGUUUGGACGCACCAUUGCCAUCAGGAUCUCAGGCUGCUGCUCCAUCAGUGCCCUCUCUUGGCUUCACUAGCAAAUAUUCGAUGACGUACUCCGCUGUUUCUGGAGGAGGAUCUCAUGAUCGUACUGAGAGUGGCGAUACUUCCGGUACCGUAAUAGAUUCUUACAGCUUGACCCAUGAAGGUAGAUGCCGAAGAAAGGUUUACUAUAUUGCUGGCGGUGCAGGAUUCAAAGCCACUAUCCACACCAAUGAACAAGGAAUGGUCCCAGGAGAAGAUUCCGCCGAUAUUUCAAUUCUCGCUUGUGCAGGAGCCGCUGAACCUUCUGGUGCUACAGGUGACGCUGCUGAAACUUCUGGUGCUGCAGGUGGCGCUAUUGGAGGAGCAGAUACUCCUUUCGACUUCAUGUACAAUGCUGUUUCUGGAGGUGGACUCCACGACGGGCAGAAAGUGGCGAUGCUUGAGGCAGAGUUAUGGCACACACCCUUCAACUUCAUGUACACUGCUGCAACAGGAGGUGGAUGCAGCUCCAGAUCAGAAAGUGGUGACGUCUCUAGAAAUGUGGUGGGUACAUACAGCUUGGAGGAUCCUGAUGGAUGUCGCAGAAAAAUAGACUACACUGCUGGAUCUGAAGGAUUCAAAGCAAAUAUUCAAAGUAAUGAACCUGGUAGUAACCCUGCUGAUGUUGAAAUCAAUGCCUAUGCAGGAUUACCCAUGAUUCCUGCUAGUGACCCUGCUCUACCAUUCAACUUCAUGUACAGUGUUCCUGCAGGAGGAGGAGCCAGCUCCAAGUCAGAAAGUGGAGAUAUCGCCGGAAACGUGGCGGGUACUUACAGUGUGGAGGACCCUGAUGGACGUCGCAGAAAAGUAGACUACACUGUUGGAUCUGGAGGAUUCAAAGCAAAUAUGCAAAGUAACAAACCUGGUGUGGUACCUGGUAGUAACCCUGCUGAUGUAGAAAUCAAUGCCUCUGCAGGAUUACCCAUGAUUCCUGCUGGUGAUUCUGUUAAAGCCUCUGCUCCCGCUGCAGGACCCAGUCCCUUCUCUUUCAUAUACACAGCAGAAGGAGACGACAGCACAAACUCUCGCUCAGAAAGUGGAACCGUGGGUGGUGAAAUCACUGGUAGCUACUCUUUAGAGAUUGAAGAUGGACGAAAGAGGGUAGUAGACUAUUCAGCUGGUCCUUCCGGUUUCAGAACCAACAUCCAAUCUAACGAACAAGGGCUUCAAGAUGAGUAUUUGGCAGCAGGAACACCAAUAUUCUUAGUACAUUAA